CAGUGAUUUCGAGCCUGCUACAGUGAUUUCAAGUCAGAUCUAUGGGUUUUGAGGGUUUUCAGACUGAUUUCAACCCAUUUUUUGCUGAUUUUGGACCAGAUCUAUGGUGGGUAAGUGUCGAAUCCCUAUUUUCUUUGCUGGGUUGUUGCUAGAUUGCUCCGUAGAUGUCAAUUUGAGUAUGAUUACUGUUGAUUAAGUGUUUUGGGGGUUGUUCUGUUGAAAUUGGUGACUAAGUUGACUGGGUUUUCAUUAUUUGGGGUUGAUUGACUUGUUUGAAGUUGAUUGUGGUGUUGUAAUGGCUUAUUGGGCUAGAAGUAGAAGAGGAAGCAGAGGUAGAGGCUUUGUGGUGAACAAUGGUGAAGAGAAUGAGUUUGGCAACCAAAACCAUAAGAUUCAAGAGUUGAGACAACAAGUUGCUACCCUAACGGCGAUGGUGCAAGGCUUGCAAGUGUCGCGCACGGGUAGUGGAGGGUCCAAGGACUCUCAAAGUCACUUUGACAAUCCUUUUGGUGAUCCGAAUUGGCGUAGGCCACUUCCACUCACUCUCCUUAUAGGUGGGAGAAGAACAUCAAGAUUGAACUCCCCGAGUUCAAUGGAAGUCUUAACCCGGAUGAGUUUGUUGAUUGGAUUAAUACAGUUGAAAGAGUGUUUGAUUAUGGAGACGUCUCCGAGGAGAAGAAGGUGAAGUUAGUGGCUAUCCGCCUCAAAGAAAGAGCUUCUGCUUGGUGGGAGCAAUUGCAAGGAACUAGGCUACGAAGAGGAAAGGGAAAGAUUAGAGAAUGGGAGAAAAUGAAGAAGAAACUCAAUGAACAAUUCUUGCCAUUCAACUAUAUACAAAAUCUCUAUAAGAAUUUGCAUAAUCUCAAACAAGUUGGAAGUGUUGAUGAGUACAAGGAGGCUUUCCAUCAACUUGUUGCUAGAGUUGAUUUGAAUGAAAGUGAAGAUCAAAUGGUUGCAAGGUACAUAAGUGGGUUGACAAUCACAAUCCAAGAUGCCCUCGCUAUGCAAACUUUGUGGACGGAUUCGGAAGCUUACAAUCGGGCCUUGGUGGCCAAAAGCAAGAAAAGAGGAAGUUUUCGAGAUCCGGGCAACAAUAUCAAGGCGGUUCCAAGUCCGGGCAGCCAUUUUACUCUUAUGCUAGAGGUGGUUCUUCCUCUAGUGGUGGCCAAGGUGCUUCUUCCGGAGUUGGUACUCAAAACCGAGCAGAUAAAGUUUCAACAUCCGCUCAAAAUUAGUCUCAAUCCGGUGCUUCGGGGGCUCGAAAUCAAUUCCAAAGUGGGGGUUUCAAGUGCUUCAAGUGUGGGGAACCGGGUCACAAGUCUUCGGAUUGUCGUAAGACUUCCGGAGGUCGUAACAAGGCACUUUUCAUUGAGGUGGUUACGGAACAAGGUUGUAAGGAUGAUAUUCCCGUUUAUAACGAAGAAAUAUGUGAAGAAAUUGGAGGUGAUAAUGAGGAAGAAGAAGGCUAUGCGUUGAUGAUAAAAAAAACUCUCCUUACUCCUAAGGAUGUUGGUAAUGAAGAUUGGUUGCGUACCAAUAUCUUUUACACCACUUGCAAUGUUGGUGGUAGAGUUUGCAACAUGAUUAUUGAUAGCGGAAGUUGUGAGAAUGUAGUCUCUCAAGAGGUGGUGGACAAGUUACAACGCAAAGUGGAGGAGCAUCCCCAUCCUUAUACCCUUUCUUGGUUCAAGAAGGGUAAUGAAAUCAGGGUGACUAAAAGGUGCUUGGUAUCUUUCUCCAUUCGGCAAAAGUACUUUGAUGAAGUUUGGUGCGAUGUGGUUCCUAUGGAUGCUUGUCAUAUACUACUUGGUCGCCUAUGGCAAUAUGAUAGGCAUUCCAUCCAUGAUGGAAAGAAGAAUACCUACACUGUCCUUAAGGAGAAGCGACAAUUCACUUUGUUACCUAUGAAGGAGAAGGUGACUACGAAGCCUCCUCCCACUACGUUGCUUGCUUCUAAAGGAUUUCUCAAGGAAAAUCAUGAAACCGGGUAUGUUCUAAUGUUGGUUCCUAUGGCGGAUAUGGGUGUGUCAGAUGUUCCCGAGGCGAUUUCUAAACUUUUGAAGGAGUAUGUUGAUGUGUUUCCUCAAGAGUUGCCUCCCGACUUGCCUCCUUUGCGAGAUAUUCAACAUUGUAUCGACUUGGUAACCGGGGCGCCCCUUCCGAACAAGCCUGCAUAUAGAAUGUCUCCAAGGGAGAGGGAAGAGAUUCAAAGGCGAGUUAAGGAUCUUCUAGAGAAAGACUACAUAAGGGCAAGCCUUAGCCCUUGUGUGGUGCCGGCUCUUUUGACUCCGAAGAAGGAUGGUUCGUGGAGGAUGUGUGUGGAUAGUAAAGCUAUCAACAAGAUCACUAUCAAGUACCGCUUUCCCAUUCCAAGGCUAGAUGAUAUGUUGGAUUGACUUGCCGGUUCAAAGGUCUUCUCAAAGAUUGAUCUAAGAAGUGGUUAUCAUCAAAUUCGAGUUCGCCCGGGAGAUGAAUGGAAAACGGCUUUCAAGACCCCUCAUGGCCUCUUUGAAUGGCUUGUGAUGCCUUUUGGUCUUACCAAUGCUCCAAGCACUUUUAUGCGGGUAAUGACUCAAAUGCUUCAACCUCUCUUAGGUAUAUGUGUAGUUGUGUACUUUGAUGAUUGAUGAUAUAUUGGUGUAUAGUCGGUGUUUUGAAGAUCACUCAUCCCACCUCCAACAUGUCUUUGAAAUCUUGAGAAAAGAGAAGUUUUAUGGGACUUGAAGAAGUGUAGUUUUGCUGUUGAUAAGAUGGUAUUUUUGGGGUAUAUUGUGUCUUCAAAGGGGGUUCACAUGGAUGAAGACAAGAUUAAGGCCAUUGUGGAGUUUUCAUGGGUUAGCUACCUUCUACCGGAGGUUCAUUGCCAACUUUAGUAGUAUCGCGGCUCCUCUUACCGAUUGUCUCAAGCAAAGGGUGUUUAUAUGGUCCCAAGAAGCCGCCGAGAGUUUUAAAUUGUUGAAGUUCAAGCUUACGGAAGCUCCUAUCUUGGCCUUACCCAACUUUGACAAAACUUUUGAACUUGAUUGUGAUGCUUCGGGAGUGGGAAUUGGUGGAGUCUUAAGCCAAGGUGGUCAACCUGUUGCUUUCUUUAGCGAGAAGUUGAACGGUGCUAAACUCAAGUACUCUACUUAUGACUUGGAAUUCUAUGCCAUUGUCCAAGCCAUCAAGCAUUGGAGUUACUACCUUGCCUACACUGAAUUUGUCCUCAACACCGAUCAUGAAGCUCUUAAGCAAUGUUAUCAAUACCGGUUCCGUACCGACCGGUACGUACCGUUUUUGACAGAAUCCGGUAUCCUGUACCUCUAAUUUUGUUCCGGCUCAAAUACCGGUCGGUACCGGACAUACCGGUCGGUACUGGGCGGUACCGGAUUACUUUUAAAUUUAUUUUUUUCUUCAAGAACCGGACAAUACCGGACGGUACCGGGCAAAUACUGGACGGUACCGGUCAAAUACAGGAUGGUACCGGGAAAAUACCGGAUUUUUUUAUUUUUUAUUAUUUUAAAAAAGUGUAUAUUAUACUAUAAAUUCUUUUAAGUAGGAAAAUAACACUAAUAGCGAUCAAUCCGAAACGGUACCUGAUAUUUGACCGGUACAGGUACGUAUCGUACCAGUGGGAAAACCGGUACCCUGACCGGUACGGUAUUCAUAACAUUGCUCUUAAGUACAUCAAUAGCCAACAACACCUCAAUAAACGGCAUGCCAAGUGGGUGGCUUAUCUACAACAAUUCACGUUAUCUUUGAGGCACAAAUCGGGGAUUCUCAACAAAGUGGCCGAUGGUUUGAGUAGAAGAGUGGCUCUCUUGGUGGAAAUGAAGAACAAGGUUGUUGGGUUUGAAGAAUUUCGCACUUUCUAUGCCGAAGAUCCUUAUUUUAGUAAGCUAAUCGAUGCUUUGCAAAUGGGUAAUAAGGUUGUCGAUCCAUGUUUCAUGUUGAAGGAUGGAUUUCUCUUCAAAGAACUUAAAUUGUGUGUCCCUACAUGCUCUUUAAGUGAGCAAUUAUUGGCCGAAAGUCACAAGUUGGGUCAUUUUGGCAAGGAUAAGACUUUAGCAUUGCUUCAAGAUGCAUACUAUUGGCCGGGAAUGAGUAAAGAUGUGGGGGGGCUAUGUGCAAAGAUGCCAAACUUGCCAACGGAGUAAGGGAACAGCCACUAAUGCGGGAUUGUAUUUGCCUUUACCUGUGCUGGAAAGUCCUUGGAAAUGCGUGAGUAAGGAUUUUAUCUUGGGGCUUCCUCCUAUGCAAAGGCGGAGUGAUUCUAUCAUGGUGGUAGUGGAUCGGUUUUCAAAAAUGGCUCAUUUCAUACCUUGUAAGAAGACUAUGGAUGCGACUAACAUUGCCAAUCUCUAUUUCAAGGAGGUCUACAAGUUGCAUGGCGUCCCUACUUCUAUUGUCUCCGAUAGAGAUGCUAAGUU